AUGGCAGCCUCUUCGGAACCUAAGGUGGUUUUGCAGAACAAUACUAACAAGAGCUGGAUGAAAGAUCGUGGUUUGCGAAAGUUGAACCUUGGUAUUGGGUUUAUGCUGUCUGCGUCAGCUACUUCUGGAUAUUGUGCUAGCAUGAUCAAUGGACUCCUCGUGCUGCCCGAAUUCAACAAAUUCCUCGGCGGUCUCGAGGCAAAUACAAGAGGUCUCAUAAUCGCAGCUGUCUCACUGGGUUCUUUUCUUUCCUUUAUCCCAGGCUCGUACAUCGCCGACAACUUUGGCCGACGGAUCUGCGUCGCCAUCGGCUCAGCUUUAGUAAUCACCGGCGGAAUAAUCCAAAUCGCAUCUCAGAACCACUGGAUCUUCUUCGGUGCACGAGUCCUGGCAGGAAUGGGCGUCGGAAUCUCACAAACUGCCGCACCACUUCUCAUUACCGAAUCUGCCCAUCCGAGGCAGCGACAGGCCUUCACCGGUCUAUACAAUGCGCUAUGGUUCAUUGGAUCGAUAACGUCGGCGUCGGUCGGAUUUGCCAGCCUGUGGGUUGCAGGGAACUGGUCCUGGAAACUGCCGUGUUUGCUGCAGAUCUUUUAUCCAAUCUUCGAGCUUAUUGGGUUGUUCUUUGUUCCUGAAAGUCCGAGGUGGCUGGUGUCGAGGGACAGGAAAGACGAGGGCAUGGCUAUCUUGGCCAAAUACCACGCAAACGGUGAUGAGACUGAUGAAUUGGUCGUGGAUGAAUUUUAUCAGAUUUGCAAGAGUAUCAAUGCCGAAGCGGAUGUAGAUUCGCGGCGGUGGAGCUCUUUCUUCAAGACUCGCGGUGAUAUGCACCGGCUGUCCAUCUGCGUGUUACUCGGUUUCAUGCAGGAAUGGGCUGGAAACGGUGUCGUUUCUUACUACCUAGCCCCAAUUCUUCAAUCUGUGGGUAUCUAUAACGCAUCUCACCAAGCCGCCAUCAAUAUUAGCAUGCAAGUAUGGAACUUGAUGUUUGCGGUCGGUGGAGCAAUGGCGGCAGACCGCUACGGACGACGGAAACUAUGGCUAAUCGCGACAACCUUGAUGCUGAUCUAUCUUGCCGCUGCAACGACCAUGUCAGGACUUUUCCAAGAGCUCGGCGUCCUGGAAGCUGGCAUAGCAGUUGUCCCCAUGCUAUUCCUUUUCUGCGCUGGCUACGACAUGGCAUACAUGCCACUGUUCAUCGCCUACCCAGCUGAGAUCUUACCCUUCCAGCUACGCGCCAAAGGUCUUGCUGUUACGUUGACGACUGAUUCCCUUGCUUGCUUUAUUAACCAGUUCAUGAACCCCGUGGCGUUUGCGACGCUCCACUGGCGGUACUUUAUUGUGUACCUGGGAUGUCUGAUCGUUUUCCUGGUUCUUAUCUACCUGUUCUUCCCCGAGACCAAGGGGCUGUCUUUGGAAGAAGUUGCUCGCAUCUUUGAGGACAAAGACAAGGGAAAAACUUAUGAGGUGGACACCCCUAGCUCGGAUGGAUCGCAGGAGUUGUUUGCGUUCCCGAAGAGUCGGGCAUGA